UAUAUAUGUGCAUAAAUUUACAACAAAUGAUAUUUAAUUUAACCAUCUCUUGUUAAAUAAGUCUAUUGCUACAGCGACAUCAAAUAUUGUGUUUACAUUUAUAUGUAUUCUGUUUGCGUGUAUGUGUCAUCUGAAUAUCACUGACUAAGUUCAUAUGAAGAAUAACAAUAUUUUCCGCAUUCCUUUAAACGUCGCUCUAGAAAGAUAUUGUUCGAAGUAUAUUACGUGUAAAAGUUAAUAAAGUGAGAGAUCAAGUCGAUAGAUAUUAAAUUUCUAAUUGCUAAAUUUUAACUGCCAUAUUGAUCUGUUUCAAAGGAAAACCUUGCCUGUUACGUCAUAGGUAACGUAUUAUUCUCAGAUUAAGCAUUAAUAUAUUUUCUGUUAUUUUAAAAUUCUGUUCUUAAUAUAAAUUUCGUGAUAUAAAUCAUACAAAUAAUCCAAAAUGCAUUGUCCUGGCUUGUUCAUAGAAAGAAAUGAAGAUAAUUUGAAUCGUCUACUAAGAUCAGGAAAAAAGGAGAACUCAGCAGCCGACCAUCGAAUCUUAAUUAUUAGAUCUCCUUCACGCACAGAAUCCGAUUUAGUAACAAGUUACUUUUGUCACAACCAGAAUUAUUUACGAUUAUUACGUUUGUCAUUUAUAUAACACGAAAAAACCGAUAAAAAUUAUCUGCGCGCAAUCGUCUCGUUUUACAUUUGCGAAAAUAACGACUAAUCUGACGCAAAAUCUGAUUUCUUACGUUCUAUUAUUCAACAUUAAGUUAGGAUCUCAAAAAAAAUUUAUUUUCAUAAAAAAAGUAUGUUCAGAUAUCAAGUAACUGCACCAGGCACGGUAAUGCUGCACGGAGAUUCUAUGGGACAUAACAAAACUUACGUGACAGCCAGCUUAGACAUGCGUACCACACUCAAAUUUCAUUCGUUUCAUACUCCAGAUACUGAAAUAAAUUACAUGGAAAUCAAUUUUUUCGGUAUCAACUUGCACGUGAAAAUACCUUUACACAUAUUUAUUCAGUACUUCUAUGAAACAAAUGUUUCUGCUGAAGAAGAAUUCAACUCCAUAGCUAGCUUUAGAUGGCUGUAUGAUUUAGUAAAAAGUUUUGUUGACACGUUAAGUGGCUAUACAGGCAUAUACGAACCCAACAACCACGCACAUCGGUUAAGCUUACAAACGUUUUUCUUCCUCCUCGUUCUUAUCGGCUGCAGAGAAGACAUGACUGUAGAUAUAUCUUUCAAAGUGGAACUGUGGACGGAAUUGAUAAUUGGUGAAGGUCUUGGCAGUUCAGCAUCGUUCGUAGUAUGUCUCGCGACAUGCUUUUUGCAUUGGUCUCGUCUGCAGAAUGACUCUGCUUUCCAUAACUUCAAAUCUCGCAAUCUGCAGAAGAUCGCGCAUUACUCUCAUAUUUGUGAUGCCAUGAUAUUCAAUUCAUCGACCAGUGUAAGCAGCGUCAUGACAUCCACGUACGGUAUGAUACAAGGAUUCGAUAAGAAAACGCCGGUAUCAAGGAUUUGUUCUGAUUUGCCAAACAUGAAGAUCCUGCUGGUCUGCUCGAAUGUUAGCCAAAAACCAACAAGCGCGCGAAGCAUGCAAAUGGCGAUGUUGAACAAUUCAUCUUCAUCCAGCAAUUCCAUUCUGAAUAUUAUCAAUGCUGCAUCGAGAGAGUUUAUUAAAAUGAUUAUUCAGUUGGAUAACAAAUAUAACUUAAUAAAGAAGAAUAGUCAUAACAAGGAAACUAUUAUAAAUGUUAACUAUAUUCUGAGAAAAGAUUACGAAAGAUUAUGGAAUCUCAUCCACAUGAAUCAAGGAUUACUACAGGCAUUAGGCAAGUCGCAUCCAAACCUGGAUAUUAUUUGUGCAAUUGCCCAAAAGUUUUCUUUAGCGGCGAAGCUCACGGGUAAAGGCGAAGGUGGAUUCGCGUUUAUUACUCUAUUACCGAAUACCACAGAUGAACUGAUCGAUCGCCUUUUAAUUGAACUCAAAUUGUAUAAUUUCUUCGGUAAGGUAACCACUUUGUGUUGCAGCGGAGUGACAGUUGAUUAGGACGUUGAUGUCGACCAUUAAUAUAAGCAGCUAAAUAUGAACAAUAUGUGUUAAGAUAACCAGGGUUCGGAAUUAACAUGUUACUAAUAACGCUACUAUUACAAUUAUAUUAUUUUUUUGUAACGGACUGAUAACGACGUUACUUCUUUUCUUGUAAUUUAUAAUGGUAACGUAGACUGCUUUCCUUUUGAAAGAUAUAAAUUGACAUAAAUUAAUACACAGCAAUUUAAUGGAACGCAAUAUACUUAGCAUGUGUAUAAACUUCAUCUUUUAUGAUAUUUAUUUUCAAAAAAAAACAAAAGUUAUAAAUUAUAAAAUAUAAAUCGUCAUUAACCAUUACAAAGUACAUAAUAACUUAGUAAUUGUAAUUUCUUUUAUUAUUAAAUGUGAUUAACAAACAAUUUAAAUUUUAUACAUAUACAUAUACAUAUGUAUUCAAAGAUUCAAAUAGAAUACUGAGAGGUGGUUUGCAGAUGCGUUCUAAUAAUUGUUUAACGAUAAAAGAAAUACACUUCAACUAUUCUCUCGAAUAGAGUCGAAGGCUGUUUAUUGAGUUUGAACCAAAUUGUAAAUGGUAAUAAGCGAUGUGUCGAUUUGCAUCAAAAGUAUUGACUAUGUUUCUUAAAAGAAAAACAGUCGUAAUUACACUUUUUCAGUAACGUAACGAAUUUAGAUCCUUUUAUCGUUACUUUUCACUUUUUUUGAACUUAUUCAUGACAUAAUUUCCGUUGUCUAUAUGUAUUCAAUCUUUACUGAUAGCGUUUACGAAUAAUUUCAAGAUAUCAUGACCAAUCAUAUUGCCAUACAGUUUAAGAACAAUUUUAAGUUCGAAAUUAUUGUAUUAAAUUUUUACACACAAGA